AUGGGCCGGGUAGGGAGUCGCCAGCAACCCGGCUCCGCGUGUGACGAGUGUCGCAAGAGAAAACUCCGUUGUGACCGGCAGCGCCCACAGUGCGGCACAUGCGCCAGCGUGGGGAUUCAAUGCCAAGUGAAUGACCGCCGAAGACCUCGACGUCCCCGCAAGGGCUCGGAUGUCCUGCGGAAACGCAUCUGUGCACUGGAACACUUGCUCUCCAACCCGCCUGCGACGACCUUACCGGUCAAAGCGCAGGAAAUCGACGGGAUGGAUGAGCUUCCAGUGCAUAGGGGAAGUACGGCAACGGAAGAUGAUCCACAGCCACCUUUACCACAACUUCCAAAUGAUUUCAAACAAAAUGCCCAGGUUGACCGGUCAUGCCAGACCGAAGUAUUUCCUGCCUUCUCGUCAGGGCCAUUUUCACCGUCUGCGGUCACGGUGUUAACAGACCUAAUGAAGCGAGACUUGGUUCAACUGUACUUCGACCGGGUCCAUCCGGUCGUGCCGAUCCUCAAUCAGGCAAAGACCUGUGCGUGGAGUCUGGACCCGUACUCCUUGAGCCAGUAUCAGCUAUGCUUGCAACAUGCCAUGUGGACAGUUUCAAUGGCGCAGUCUGCUCAGUACGACCAUAUCCGAGACAGGCUAUAUAGUGAGACCCGAGCAAUGCUCAAUGCACUGGACCUCGAGGAUAGUGCCAUGGGGGUCUGUCAAAUUGAGCAAGUUCAGGCUUGGCUCUUAUUAACCUUCUACGAGUUUUCUCGAACUAACUAUCGCCGUGGUUGGAUCACCGCUGGUCGGGCGUUCCGCCUCGUCCAGCUACUGCAGUUGUAUGAUCUCGACAAUCCGAACACGGCCAAGAUUGGCCCUGGGGAGGACUUCGUUGAACUAGAAGAGAGGAGGCGGACCUUCUGGGUGGCCUACUGCCUAGAUCGCUUUGUUAGUAUCGGCAACGGAUCGCCGUUGACGUUGAACGAAGAAGUUAUAUGCACUCGCCUUCCAUGCCGGGAAGUAGGAUUUCAGAGCGGUACUCCCAGACCUGAAUGCUUCCUAUCCGAGGCCAUAGCGUGUAACGAAUACCUGUCGCUCUCCCCCCUGGCGGAAUGUACCAUCUUGGUUACAAUUGCCGGGCGUGCACUGACCCAUCAUCGCGUGUCAGCGGUGGAGAGCGUGUACGGCAACAUGCCGCAGGAUUUCUGGGCCCGACAUGAAUGGCUCUAUAGUAUGAUAAGCAGGCGGAUCAAGAAUCUCGCCAUUGACUAUCCAUCGAUCCCCAUGAUCAUCGAUCCCAUGGCCAUGUUCACUUGUAUGGCUUCUCAAGCAUCAGUCAUUUAUUUGUGCAUUAUCAUGGAGUCCCUUGCAAAGGACGAAGCCUCCCGUGCGAGGAUGGUCCCGUACCAGGAGCGUGCAUUUCAUGCCGCACAGGAGAUUGCCCGGUUAGGCCGGGAGCACGAACGUCUGGGCUACUUUAAAACACACUUUUUUAUGCCCCUAGCCAUUUCCCUGGGUGCUAAAUGGCUUGGACUGCACACUGAUUUCCGGAUAGAGCACCCAGAGAGACCUCUAAUAGAACCAACUGAGGUGUCGUUGCAGGCCUUGCUCGGAAUCCUGCGGAGAAUGGGGGAAAUGAACAAUCUAGCCACAUACCAGUUGAGUGUCCUGAAAGGGCUUGGUAUAAAAAUUUGA